AUGGCUACUACAACUAGAGCAAAACACCGUCAACUUGAAGAACAACAAAAUAAUUUAUCAACUGAUGAUAAGAAAUAUAGUGAAGACCAAUCUUUAGGUUAUGUCUCUGAUAAUAAUAUAUUUACUGAUAUCUAUAAUAAAGAAAAUAGUAGUGAUAAUGAAGAAGAUAAUUUACAAAAAAUUAGUCAAAUUAGUGAUCAUGGGAAUAAUCAAGAAUUUAAUCAAAAUAUAUCUCCUGAGCUUUUAAUACUAGCAAAAAGAAAAAACCAAUUAGAAUUUCAACUAAACCAAAAUUAUUAUUUGUUUGGAAAUUUUUUUUCUAACCUUGUGAUAGAAAAGUCUAUUGUCAAAUAG